AUGGACUGGGAGCCCUCCCUACAGCCCUACAGCCCUCCAUAUAGCCCUCCCUACAGCCCUCCUUAUAGCCCUCCCUACAGCCCUCCAUAUAGCCCUCCCUACAACCCUCCCUACAGCCCUCCCUACAACCCUCCCUACAGCCCUCCCUACAGCCCUCCCUAUAGCCCUCCCUACAGCCCUCCCUAUAGCCCUCCCUACAGCCCUCCCUACAGCCCUCCCUACAGCCCUCCCUAUAGCCCUCCCUACAGCCCUCCCUACAGCCCUCCAUAUAGCCCUCCCUACAGCCCUCCCUACAGCCCUCCAUAUAGCCCUCCAUAUAACCCUCCCUACAACCCUCCCUACAACCCUCCCUACAGUCCUCCCUAUAGCCCUCCCUACAGCCCUCCCUACAACCCUCCCUACAGUCCUCCCUACAGCCCUCCCUACAACCCUCCCUACAGCCCUCCAUAUAGCCCUCCCUACAGCCCUCCCUGUAGCCCUCCCUACAGCCCUCCCUUUAGCCCUCCCUACAGCCCUCCCUAUAACCCUCCCUACAGCCCUCCCUACAGCCCUCCCUACAGCCCUCCCUACAGCCCUCCCUACAGCCCUCCCUACAGCCCUCCCUACAGCCCUCCCUACAGCCCUCCAUAUAGCCCUCCCUACAGCCCUCCAUAUAGCCCUCCAUAUAACCCUCCCUACAGCCCUCCCUAUAACCCUCCCUACAGCCCUCCCUACAGCCCUCCCUACAGCCCUCCCUACAGCCCUCCCUACAGCCCUCCCUAUAGCCCUCCCUACAGCCCUCCCUACAGCCCUCCCUAUAGCCCUCCCUAUAGCCCUCCCUACAGCCCUCCCUACAGCCCUCCCUACAGCCCUCCAUAUAGCCCUCCCUACAGCCCUCCAUAUAGCCCUCCCUACAGCCCUCCCUACAGCCCUCCCUACAGCCCUCCCUAUAGCCCUCCCUAUAGCCCUCCCUAUAGCCCUCCCUAUAGCCCUCCCUACAGCCCUCCCUACAGCCCUCCCUACAGCCCUCCCUACAGCCCUCCCUAUAGCCCUCCCUAUAGCCCUCCCUACAGCCCUCCCUAUAGCCCUCCCUACAGCCCUCCAUAUAACCCUCCCUAUAACCCUCCCUACAACCCUCCCUACAACCCUCCCUACAGCCCUCCCUAUAGCCCUCCCUACAGCCCUCCCUACAGUCCUCCCUAUAGCCCUCCCUACAGCCCUCCCUACAGCCCUCCUUAUAGCCCUCCCUACAACCCUCCCUACAGCCCUCCCUACAACCCUCCCUACAGCCCUCCAUAUAACCCUGCCUACAGCCCUCCCUAUAACCCUCCCUACAGCCCUCCUUAUAGCCCUCCCUACAACCCUCCCUACAGCCCUCCCUACAACCCUCCCUACAGCCCUCCAUAUAACCCUCCCUACAGCCCUCCCUAUAACCCUCCCUACAACCCUCCCUAUAACCCUCCCUACAACCCUCCCUAUAACCCUCCCUAUAACCCUCCAUAUAGCCCUCCCUACAGCUCUCCCUAUAACCCUCCCUAUAACCCUCCCUACAACCCUCCCUACAGCCCUCCCUACAACCCUCCCUACAGCUCUCCCUAUAACCCUCCCUACAACCCUCCCUACAGCUCUCCCUAUAACCCUCCCUACAGCCCUCCCUACAACCCUCCCUACAGCCCUCCCUACAGCCCUCCCUACAACCCUCCCUACAACCCUCCCUACAACCCUCCCUACAACCCUCCCUACAGCCCUCCCUACAACCCUCCCUACAGCCCUCCAUAUAGCCCUCCCUACAGCCCUCCCUACAACCCUCCCUACAGCCCUCCCUACAGCCCUCCCUACAACCCUCCCUACAGCCCUCCCUACAACCCUCCCUACAGCCCUCCCUACAACCCUCCCUACAGCCCUCCCUACAACCCUCCCUACAGCUCUCCCUAUAACCCCAGACACCUUGAGUCACCAAAGUCAGGCCCUCCCAUCAUGUUUAGAACGCUUCCCAGACAACGGAGGUUCUCCAUGCCAACAUCUGACUCCCACACCCUUACUAGUCACUAG